GUCUCGCGUGUUCUCGCGAUAGCUGCGUGAGCGGAGAGACGCGCGCUGGAGAGGAGCAGCAGUGAUGGCGGACGCGGAGCCGACGCUGGACCUGACUGACACCAAACAUGAGGAAUCAGGCGAUUCUCCCGCUGACGAAGGAGAAGCGGAGCCCCAGCAGACACAGGAGAACACCAAUGGCGUUAAAACCGACGCCGAGGACAAAGAACCCAAAGAGAAGAGCCGAAAGUCGCACCGCUACCAUCCCUACAAAGAGCGCCGCAGCGGCUCGGUGGACCAGAAGGCCUCCCACAGGAACCGCGUGUUCAUUAGCAAUAUCCCUUAUGAUAUGAAGUGGCAGGCAAUUAAAGAUCUAAUGCGUGAGAAAGUUGGUGAGGUUACAUACGUGGAACUCUUUAAGGAUGGAGAAGGAAAGUCAAGGGGCUGCGGCGUGGUUGAGUUCAAAGAUGAAGAGUUUGUGAAGAAAGCCAUCGAGGUCAUGAGCAAACAUGAUCUGAACGGACGGCCGCUGAACAUUAAGGAGGAUCCGGACGGUGAGCAUGCGCGGCGCGUCCUGCAGAGAUCGGGCCGGAUGUACGGAGCGGGCCGAGGGCAAGACAUCCCUCCCUCCAUCGCCAACAACCCCAACAUCCCUCCGGAGAUCAUCAGCGCGCUGCAGGCCGGACGGCUCGGCACCACCGUGUUCGUCGCCAACCUGGACUUUAAGGUGGGCUGGAAGAAGCUGAAGGAGGUGUUCAGUAUGGCUGGGACGGUGAGGAGGGCCGACGUUAAAGAAGACCAAGACGGGAAGAGCCGAGGCAUGGGGACCGUCACCUUCGAGCAGCCGCUGGAGGCCGUACAAGCCAUCUCCAUGUUCAACAGUCAGAUGCUGUUUGACAGACAGAUGCACGUGAAAAUGGAUGAUAAAUCGCUUCCUCCAGAUGACUUCAGGCCUGCAGAGAAAGCGCCACAGUUACCCAGAGGUCUGGGAGGCGUCGGGAUGGGUUUGGGUCCCGGCGGUCAGCCAAUAAAUGCCAACCGUCUCAGUGGAGGGGCCGUCGGCUCCAUGGGACCCGGAGGGAUGGAUGGGCCGGGAUGCAGCAACAUGAACCGCAUGAGUGGGAUGGGCGGAGGCUUCUCUGGGAUGGACUGUAUGGGUGGAAUGGGAGGAUUCGGAGGCAGAGACAUGGGCCGAAUGGGAGAUGUGUAUCGCUCUGGAAUGGCAGGAAUGGACAGAGACUUCGGCAGAAGUGACAUGGGAAUGAAUCGCCCCUUUGGAGACUCGUUUGGAGGUCUGGGUGGAGGAUAUGCAGGAAUGGGGAAUGCUGGGAUGGGACCCAUGGGCUCUGGAUUAGGAGGCGGAGCGAUGGUGAAUAUGGGAAUGGACCGCAUGAACUCCGGCUUCGACCGGAUGGGGGAAUCGUCUCUGUGUGUGUUUCCGCAGCUCUCGUACGAUCUGACCUGGCAGAAGCUCAAGGAGAAGUUCAGUCACUGCGGUCAGGUGAUGUACGCUGAAAUAAAGAUGGAGAACGGCAAAUCCAAAGGCUGCGGGACGGUGCGCUUCGACUCUCCUGAGAGCGCAGAGAAAGCCUGCCACAUGAUGAACGGAACCAAGAUCAACGGACGAGAGGUUGAUGUUCGUAUCGACCGCAACGCUUGAGACACACACACACAUCACAGAGCCCAGCUUUUGUUUUGUUUUAAAAACAUCAUGACUGUCAUAUCAGCAAUCUCACCAGCUUCAGCUCCAUGUCACACACACACACACACACACACUCUCUCUCUCAGACACACACACACACUCUCUUACACACACAGAGGCCAGCUUUUGUUUUGUUUUAAAAACAUCAUGACUGUCAUAUCGGCGAUCUCACCAGCUUCAGCUCCAUGUGUUAGAGACCACCUUUAGCUUUUUCUUUUUUGGUAACAUUUUAAUUUGUGGGACGUUUGUCUCUGACUACAU